UCAAAACAAAUUAGUUACAUAUGUAUGUAUAUGUAUGUACAUAUGUAUAUUCUGUGAUCAUCUAUUUUCCUAGUCUUUUUAAUUCUGUAAACAAUAUUGGAUAAAGAAAUCUGUUAAAGACAACAGAGAGUUUUGCACAAUGGAAGCAAACAGUGAGGCUAACAGCAGCAAUGCAACCGAUCCAAGUACCAGCAACUUGAAUCCUCAACCCAAUCCUGGUGGAAACAUCAGCGCACACGAAGUCUCUUCAGAUACACAGCCCAGCAUAUCAGUUGAUUCAGCUGCCAGAGGCAAUAAUAAUAAUACAAGAAAUAGAAGACCUAAACAACAACAACAACCACUUGCAGAGCAAAACGAUCCGCCGUCGCCUGAUGCUCACUCAAAUAAAAAUCAAGAUUCCAAUUUAACCGAAAAAGGAGUUGUGCGUUAUGGAAAGUGCAAGUGGUUUAAUGUUGCCAAAGGAUGGGGCUUCAUAACACCACAUGAUGGGGGGCAAGAGGUGUUCGUACAUCAGGGCGUCAUACAAAUGUCUGGCUUUCGCUCACUCGCCGAACAAGAAGAAGUCGAAUUUGUUUGCCGACAGACUGAACGUGGUAUGGAGGCAACCCAGGUGUGCGGUAGGAAAGGACAUGAUUGUGUAGGCAGUAGUUUUCGACCGUUUUGGAAGAAGAAACGACGCCCACGUUGCUAUAAUUGCGGUAAAUUUAACCACAUAGCGGCAAGUUGUCCGAGCCCACCGCAACCCAGCCGAUGUCAUAUAUGCCAAUCCGAAGAGCAUUUAUUUGCUCAGUGUCCAAUGCGACGGGCAUCGAAAAAGAAUAACGAUGAGUCAGAAGAAAAGCCAAUGGAUGAUGAGAGCAAAAAGGACCAGGAGGGUGACGCAAACUCGUGAGAGUAUUAAAAGCAGGGUAGCUAUGGGUUUGCAAUAGUUGGGAAACAAUUUAGUCGUCGUUUCAUGGCUGAGAUUUUUAUUCGUCCCUGCUGCACUCCAAAGCCUCGUAUUUCAAGUAUUUUCGUUGUCGACUUAGCGAAGGAGUACUUAGUACAAAUAUGAAGGGUUAAAACCCAAUUUUUACAAUUACUUAUAUACAUACAAUACAUGCAUUUAACACUUUUACAGAAACAUCUAUAAUUAAUUAAUUUAAUUUAAAAGACAUAUUUCGUGCAUACAAGAAAACUCGUUCUGAGAUUCCUAUUAUAGAAUAGCGACACAAAACUUACCAAAUCGCUAUUGCGCCUAAAACUAUUGAGUGUUGCGGCAUGCUUUUGAGCUUAGCAGUUUUCACUUUUGUGGGCGUUAGCAGCAUAGUGCUUAAGCUUAAGUUUGUUCAAGUAGCGGUAACUUUAAAGAACUUUUAAAUAUAAUUAUUUAUAAAAUUUUUAUUUUAACAUAUAUACGUAUACAUAUAUAUUGUAUAUACUCGUAUGUAAACAAUCAAGCACUUGCAUGCGAGUCUACGUCAAUGUACAAAUACAAAUGCCAUUUUUUGAGUACUUAGUUUUAAAUAUUAUAUAAGAUUCACCAUAUAUCAACUACCUCCUUAAUAAACGAGUUGAACCUC